AUGCCAUUAAAACUAAAGUCUAAAAGCGGUUCAUCACACCACCAUCACCACUAUAGCUCUAGUAGCGGCACUAGUAACACUGGUACAGGAGCUGGUGCAGUACAGCAGCAACAAGCUGAUCCUGGAACGAUAGAUACUGAUGAUAUUGACGAAAACGAUGAUGCUGGCCAAUCCAUCCUUAUGGGCAUUAUCACGCAGUUGAAGCCUGGGUGUGACUUAUCAAGGAUUACAUUACCAACUUUUAUCCUCGAAAAGAAGUCUAUGUUGGAAAGAAUCGCCAAUCAAUUACAAUUUCCGGAUAUUUUACUCGACGCUCAUGCUGAAAAGGAUGAUCUACAACGAUUUGUGAAAAUCGUGAAGUGGUAUUUAUCCGGUUGGCACAUCGCUCCUAAGGCUGUAAAGAAACCUUUAAACCCAGUUUUAGGGGAGUACUUUACUGCUUAUUGGGACUUACCAAACAAGCAACAGGCGUUUUACAUCGCGGAACAAACAAGUCAUCAUCCACCUAAAUCAUCGUACUUUUACAUGAUUCCUGAAUCAAAUAUCAGAGUUGAUGGUACUACGAUUCCUAAGUCUAGAUUCUUGGGUAACUCGACAGCUGCAAUGAUGGAGGGUUUGUCUGUGUUACAAUUCUUAGAUAUUAUUGAUCCAAAAACUGGCAAACCGGAAAAAUAUACCUUGACACAACCAAAUAUGUACGCAAGAGGAAUUCUCUUCGGGAAGAUGAGAAUCGAAUUGGGUGACCAUUUGAUAAUCAAAGGACCAAAAUAUCAAGUAGACAUUGAUUUCAAAACCAAGGGCUUUAUUUCAGGAACGUAUGACGCUAUAGAAGGAAUAGUUAAAGACUACCAAGGAAAGGAGUAUUAUGAAAUCUCCGGUAAAUGGAAUGAUAUAAUCUACUACAAGGAUUUAAGAGAUAAAUCCGCAAAGAAGGCAAUUUUGUUUAAUUGUCACACUUCAACUCCCUUGAAACCAAUUGUCAGACCAUUAGAGGAACAGGGAGAGUUGGAAUCUAGAAGGCUAUGGAAGAAAGUCACCGAUGCUCUAGCCAAGAGAGAUCAUGUGGUAGCCACUGAUGAGAAAUUCAAGAUAGAAAAUGCACAAAGAAUCCUGGCUAAGAAAAGGGUAGAAGAUGGUGUUGAAUUCCAUCCAAAGUUGUUUAGAUCAUCUAGCCCUGGUGAUGAUCUGGAGUUUUAUAUCUAUAAGCAUAUUCCUGCAGGAACUGAUUCUCAAACUCAUGAAGAUCAGAUUAGAUCCAUUCUAGAAAUUGCCCCUAUUAUUCCAGGACAAAAGUUUACAGACAAAUUUUUUAUUCCAGCUUAUCAGAAGCACGAUAUCCAACAAAAGGAGUUGAGCUAA